CAAAUUCUUUUUAAAUGUAGCAUACAAAUACAUACAUAUACACACACGUAAUUUUACAAUUUUUCUCUUUUUGUUUUUUGUUUUUCUCAUUCACUCCCAUUUAUAUAUAUUUUUUUUCAAACAAAAAUUAUAUAUUUUUUUGCCGUUUGAUCUUUUAAUAAAUUCAAAUCAUCAACAACCAAAAAUUGCUUUCAACAUUGAACUAGGCAUAUUUGCCAUAAUUCUUGCCUGUAUAGCAUGGUUGACACAAAAAUUCCGUGCUUUGCCUUCACAAUCAUUCAGGCAUAAUGAUGUUGAUGACGGUGAUUCUUCACCGAAUUCUAUUCAUAAACAACAACAACAACAACCGAAAACAAUUAUCGGUACCAUUGAAAAUCAUGGUAAAACAUUUACCGAUGAUGUUGGCGAUGAUGAUAAUGUUGAACUAAAUAAUUAUAGCAUCAAUUCAAAUUUUAAUAAUCGUAGAUGCAGUAAUUUAACAGAAAUUCGCCAUCGAAAUAUAAAUCAUCGUCUAAUUCAAUUGGUUGAUGCUGCUACACAGACCAUAGAAGAAUCUAUACAACAACAGCAAGAUUAUAACGCAUCUUUACAAAAUAAACCGAAGAAUUUUUUCAUUGAAAAUCAAAAUAACGAUUACGAUAGUACAACAUCAUCGAUUACGAAUUUAGAUUUUGAAUUCUAUCCUAAUGUUGAAGUAGAUUAUUUACAACAUCAUCAACGAAAACAAUCGAAUCGAUUAAGUGCCGAUUUUGAAACUGAUAGCGAUUGGUCAAGUGUACAAUCAAUACCGUUAACAAUUUUCAAUACAAAAAUGGCCGCAGCAUUACCACAAUCACCAACUAUAGUGCCAUUGCCACCACCACCACCACCACCAAUGCCCGGUACUUCUGGUUCAUCACCAAUGCCUAAUUGGCGUGAUUUAUAUCCAUCACAGUUACCAUCUUCCAUAAGGCAUGAACAUCCACCAAGUAAACAAGAAAUUGAAAAACAACAAUAUGCACAUUUGCCGGAUAAAUUAUUGAAUGCAAUGAAUAAAGAUAAAAAACCAUUCACAUAUACACCAAGUGGUGUUUCAAGCGAAAAAGGAGUACUUGAUCUAAGUGAAAUUCGAUCACCAAGAAUGAAAAAACGUUUAUUAGCAAAUUUGCAUGCCGGUGAAGAUGAUAAUGAAACGGAACAACUAGCAACAACAAAAACAGAUUCUUUACCGAAUCAAUCAAAAUCACCUAAUGCUCAUCAAUAUACAGCAAGUCCAUUUGUAUUGCCACCGAUUCCGGCUGAUGCAGCACAAAAACUUCGUCCAUCCAGUCCAUCCGGUUUAGAUUGUACAAACAAUUCAAAUAACAAUAAUAAAAAAGAAGUUCGUUUUGCACCAUCACCGAUUCCAAUGUUAUCCUGUGAUGAUAAUGAAUUGGUGAAAAAAUUAGCAGCAAGAAAACAGGAUGUUGAAUCACGUGCCACUAUUGUAACAAAUAAUCCAAUCGAUGAAGAUACCGAUAAUAAUAAUAGUGGACAACAACAACAACAGCCAAAUUUUCCGUCAUCAACUCAACAAAAGAUAUUUGAAUCUGAUGUGAAUCAGCUUUGUUUGAAUGCUGCUGAAGCCGUUCGAACAGCUCGUGGAAUAACUGAAGAUUCGAACAACAAUCCUAUAUAUAACAAUCCUUGUUCCAAUCAGAUGAAUGAAUUGAAUGAAACAUUUCAAAAGCAAUUACAAUUUGAACCAUAUACACCAGUGCCGGUUCAGGAAAAUCUUCAACAACAAACACCUACAGCUUUCAAUACGGAUGUUCUUAAACAUGUUCUAGAUUCAGGUUUGCAAGACGAAAUUGAUAAAUUUGAAGAAAUGGGUGCCAAAAUGGGAUCGACAUCACCGAAUCUACCAACAUCGUCGUUGUCGCAAGAUUAUAGUUCAAAUCGAAUGAAUUAUAGAGGAGUAAUACCACCACCUAUUCCACCAAAACCUCAUAAUUUAAUGGAUGGCCGCACAAGUUGUCCACCAAAUCCAUCAUCAUAUAAUAAUGGUCAACAACAGAACGAUUUUAUUAAUAGUUAUCGUUGUAUUUCACCAUCUGUUGAUAUUUGGAAACGAACACAACAGAAUAAUAGCAGUAAUGGAUACAAUUAUAGCAAUUCAAAGCCACGACCAUUUAAUCGAUCAAUGAUAAAUCAGCCACCAAUGCAAACAUUUCAACCUCUCUCAAAUGAACGAUCAAAAAUGAUGGACAAUGGAUAUUCUGCAUCGUUGCCGAGAAAAAUUAAAUUAGGUCAGGAGCCACAACAACUUCGAUCAUAUGAUAAUACAGAAUCUGGUCGUGAAUAUCUUCAACAAGCCGGAAUGUUUUCACAAUUACCACCAAACCAGGUAGAUUCACCAACACAAUCGAAAAUGUUUUUCGGAAUAAAUUCAAGGCAGCAGCAACAACAACAGCAACAGCCAUUGUUCGAAUCGGAACAUGCUCAAACUUAUGUUGAUCCAGAGAUAAAUCGUGAAUAUCUUACACAGGCUGGAAUGUUUUCGCAAUUACCACCAUCAACAUCACAGCAAACGUUUACAACAAUAAAAUCUCGUCAAUCAUCAUUGCCACCAUUAUCGAAUGGUAAUGGUUAUGGUAAAAAUGGCCCCGAAUCACCAAUCGGUACACCACCAAUUAAUCCAUGGAAACAAAUGGCACAAAUAAAUAAUUCUGGUCGUCGAUUAUCUAUGUCGGAAUUACGAAAACUUCCACCAUCUGAACGUCCACAUGAAUCGGCACCAUUAAAAUAUACGGGUGCAAAUAUCCCAUCGCGUGCGUUUCGAAUUCUACAGCUAAUAACCGGUGAAGAUGUACCGAAUCAAUUUGUACAGGAACAAGAAAAUGAUCAACGUAUUGAUCAACAGCAACAACAAUCACGCCGACCAAAAAUGCCACCACCACCACCACCGCCACGAUCAGAUUCUUAUCGGCCAGCAUCACAGCAAUCAUUUCAGAUACCAACAUCUCGAUUCGAACAAUAUGAAUAUCAACAAACAACAACACAACAAACAAUGAUUCCUAGGCCAGAAUCGGCAAUUCCAAUGAUUGGAAAUUAUUAUCAAAGUCAACAACAUCAAUUACCACUUAAUAAUAAUAAUUAUCGUAAUCAACAGUUUCAACAGCCACAGCAUCCUUUACAAUCAACCGUAUAUUCUAGUUCAGCUCAUGGAACAGAUUUUUAGCAUCAACAAACUCAAUUCAGUUAAUGAUAACGAUUACAAUGAUUUUUUUUGCGAAAAAAAUAAUGGAAAUUAUUACUUGUGUAAUGAUUUUAUUAUUAUUAUCAAAAUAUAUCAAUUUGCAAGUUGUCUGGUAUUUAAAAAAAAAAUAAAGUUACAAGUUAAAUAAUAAAAGAUUUUCAAAAAUAUUUAUUAUCCAAUUAUAAAUAUAUCGUUAUCAUAUAAUAAAAAGGGUUUUUUUAUUGAAUCAUAAUACAUUCUACCAUAAAUUUUAGAUCACAAAAAUACGACAAUAAUUUAGAUUCAUUUUAAAUAAUAAUAUCAAUAAAUAUUGUUGUUGUUCAA